CCCUCACCACAACAAACCAAAAGAAGAGACGAUUCCCAGAUUCGGAAACAGAGAAGACGAACAAUUAAAUCAGACAGCAGUGGCACGCACAGACGUCACCGCCUCGGGGGAGCCCACAUCGCCGGCUAGCCGCUGCUCCUCCGGCUACCUCUUCUUCCUCAACCCAGGAAUAUGUCAUAAAUCAUAUAGUUGUCGCCAACAUUACGAUGGGAAGUACUGCUCCGUCAUGCGAUGCUUACCUGUUUUUCCAUGGUGAAACUCUACUUCCAAAUGGUCUCCGUGCUUUCCUUUGUACUGCUGCCCUCGCAUACUGUUUUAUUGGUUUAUCUGCGAUCACUGCCCGGUUCUUCAAGUCGAUGGAGAGUAUCACAAACCACUCUCGUGAGAUUGUCACAGUUGAUCCACAAACGAAUACGCCUAUAGUGAAGCAGGAGAAGGUUUGGAACUACACUAUAGCAGACAUUGCUCUGCUUGCUUUCGGUACCAGCUUUCCCCAGAUCUCCCUUGCAACGAUCGAUGCAAUCCGUAAUCUAGGUCAACUAACAGCAGGAGGUUUAGGUCCGGGUACCCUUGUGGGUUCUGCUGCCUUCGAUCUUUUCCCGAUCCAUGCUGUCUGUGUGAUUAUGCCAAGGGGGGGCUCUAUGAAAAAGAUUUCGGAUUUGGGUGUUUGGUUAGUUGAGCUGUUUUGGUCAUUCUGGGCGUACGUUUGGCUGUAUAUUAUAUUAGAGGUGUGGACACCUAACGUGAUUACCCUCUGGGAGGCCUUGAUAACAGUCUUGCAGUAUGGAUUGCUUUUGGUUCAUGCAUAUGCACAGGAUAAGCGGUGGCCAUAUGUCUCAAUCCCUUUGGUAAGAGGUGAGAGACCUGAAGAUUGGGUUCCAGCAGAAGGUGCUUCAGUUGAUUAUGACAAAAACUGUGAUGAGACAAGUGAUAUACUUCCUAGCCAGAAUAAUGAUAUUGCUGAUAUAUUCUCCAUACAUUCUUACAAUGAUGCAGGGUAUCAUCAUGUUCCAGAAAAGGAUAUAGAGGAAUCGUCAAAAAGGGAGCUUGUAGCAAAGAACACACAUGACGAUACCUGCUGGCUUUCCAUUUGGCGGCAACAAUUUCUUGAAGCUGUAAUAUUGGAGAGUCCUGAGCAAAGGAAGAUAAAUUCUGUCUGCUUGAGAUUCAUCAUAAUAUGUUGGACCUCGAUCAUUGCACCUUGGAAAAUAUUGUUUGCUUUUGUGCCACCAUAUCAAAUUGCACAUGGCUGGAUCGCUUUUAUUUUCUCCCUGAUCUUCAUAAGUGGUAUUGCCUACGGGGUUACCAAGAUUACAGAUCAGAUAAGCUGCGUCACAGGAGUAAACCCAUAUGUUAUAGCAUUCACAGCACUGGCUGCUGGAACCUCGUGGCCAGAUCUAGUUGCUAGCAAGAUAGCUGCUGAGCGUCAAGUUACUGCAGACUCUGCAAUAGCAAAUAUCACUUGCAGCAACUCGGUAAACAUAUAUGUUGGCAUUGGUUUCCCGUGGUUGAUCGACACACUGUACAAUUACUUUGUCUACCGGGAACCACUGUACAUAGACAAUGCUGCUGGUCUGAGCUUUUCCUUGCUGGUCUUCUUUGCAACAUCGUUUGGGUGUAUUGUGGUUUUGGUUCUGCGCCGCAUUUUAAUUGGUGCUGAGCUUGGGGGCCCUAGGCUGUGGGCGUGGGUCACAUCGUCCUACUUCAUGGUCCUUUGGGUUGUUUUUGUUGUACUUUCUUCUCUAAAGGUUUCUGGAGUAAUAUAACUUCGAUAGGUAUGCAAAUGUUGGUUGUACCUAGUGAGAGAGAAAUGCCGGUUCUUAAAUUUUAUAUUCCCUUUAUCUGCUUUGGGUAUUUAUGUGAGAAAAAUGGCCAAAGUUAGAGUUGUUCUAUUGGGUACUGUAGAAUUGUAGAUACAUACAUCCCUGCUGAACAUCUCAUGUGCUAUAUUCAUAUAAGAUGGAUGUCUGUAUAUAGGAGUACACAACACUUGUGCGAGAAAUAUACAGGGAACAUUUUAUUCUGGAAGUACCAGAGUUGUACAACAAAUGCUAGCAGAUGCAGCAUGGUAUUUUUUA